GACGUGGACCGGUAGUACAGGAAGUUCUUUUACUUUGUUGACAGCUCUCUUUGAUCGAGUGCCUCGCUAGAUUCGUAUUUAGCAAUCGACGUAAGGCGGUAAAUAUGUAAUAUAGCUGAUCACGAAUUCGACGGUUGUUCAUUAGACGCGGUGUAACGCAAGUGUGUGUUUGCGGAGAUGUCGUGCUCGAUGGAGAAGGUGCUGGGCGACGCGCGGACGCUGCUGGAUCGGCUGAAGGAGCACGACACCGCCGCGGAGACUCUCAUCGAGCAGUCCAGCGUCCUCAGCCAGAAGAUUCACAGCAUGAAGGAGGUCGGAAACACUCUUCCUGACAAGUACAUGGAGGAAAGCACAGAGUAUCAGGAGCUGUCCAGAUACAAGCCUCACGUCCUGCUGACCCAGGAGAACACCCAGAUCAAAGACCUCCAGCACGAGAACAAAGAGCUCUGGCUCUCUCUGGAGGAGCACCAGUACGCUUUAGAGCUGAUCAUGGGCCGAUACCGAAAACAGAUGCUUCAGCUGAUGAUGGAGAAGAAAGAGCUGGAUACCAAACCUGUGCUCAGCCUGCACCAGGAUCAUGCCAAGGAGGUUCAAAGCCAGCUGGGGCGAAUCUGCGAGAUGGGUCAAGUGAUGCGCCAGGCCGUGCAGAUGGAUGACCGGCGCUUCUGCUCCGUGAAAGAGCGCCUGGCGCAGCUCGAAGUUGAAAACAAGGAGCUCAGGGGCCUGCUGUCCAUCAGCAACGUCUCCGUGAGGCCGUGCAGGGAAGAGACGGACCCGGAAGAGACGGCGGCCGAGAGCCCGAACAAACAAGAGACCUGACAGACCAAAUCUCGCUUCAGGCGGCUGCGCUGGGUUCUCUAGCGCCGAACCGAGCUCUUCUGGUGGUUUGGCUUCCUACGAUGCACUUUCUGGUUUUGUUAUUAAAGAUGCUAACGUGUUUGUUCAGGAAAGACGUAUCACCUCUUUAGUUUUUUUAAGAAUAGACGCUUCAACUUUAGGCAAAUGUGUGCAUUGUAGAUUAGCUCUGGCUCCGUUUCUGUUUACUUGAGUAGUUUAUUUUAAAAUUAGGCGUUUGUCUUAAAUUGAAUUAGACUUAGCAGGACUUUUUAGGUCACUUGUGUUAGUAGGACGCUCUAUAUGUGUGAGACGAUUAAUAACAGACCUAUUAAUUAAGCUCAGUGUGAGAUAGCUGUGUCUUUAAGACAGUAUUGCAUCUUUCUACAGUUCGGUGUGAUAAUCUCGUAUGUUGUGUAACGCCAUGAGAAUCUUCUUAAAAUGGCCUCUUAAGCGUUUGCUAGUCCUUUUUUUAUUGUAAAUUGUUGUAUUUUCAUCUCAGGAAAGCAAUCGUAUGUACCACAGUUGUUAUUUUGUAUAACACAGUAUGUAAAAUAAAAUAAAAAACAAGUAUUCAA